AAUCCGGCAUCCUUUUUCAAUCCGAGGAGAGCAGUGAGGCGGGCCAGGCCGAACUCCGGCCAGGCGGGCAGUGUGCGGCUGGACGCAUUAAGAGAGAGUGGCGGGUCAUGCGGCGCUCUGUCAUCCUCUUGGCUCUUCUGUGUGGGGCAGUGGUGGUGAGCCUAGCUGCCAAGUCACAGAGCUAUGUGGAGAGUGUCUCAGAUCCAAAGGAAUGGAAAAAACUUUUAAGAACUCGCACAAACAUUUUAGUGUUAUAUACUAGAGGUAAAGUCAAGCAGGAAAUCAACCUGGUGUUUACUGAGGUGUCCCGAGAACUGCGAGGAACUGCCACUUUGGUUCACAUUGACUGUAGUGGGGAGGGGAAAAAGUUGUGCAAAAAGAACAAAGUGGAGCCAGUUUCAUAUGUUUUGAAGCACUACAAGGAUGGAGACUUUCACAAGGACUAUGACCGUCGUGAAACCAUCCAGUCAAUGUCCACCUUCCUGCGGGAUCCAUCAGGGGAUAUCCCUUGGGAUGAAGAUGAGCAAGGGGUGGAUGUGGUGCACAUCAAUGAUGUUAAUGCUCUCACAAAACUCUUGAAAAAAGAGCGAUCAUUUAUGAUGAUGUUUUAUGCCCCAUGGUGUGGGUUUUGUAAGCGUCUGAAGCCAGACUACUCGAUGGCUGCCACGGAACUCAAGGAUACGCACACUUUGGUGGCAAUGGAUGUCAACAAACCAGAGAACUCAGCUGCCAGGAUAAAAUACAACAUUACUGGCUUUCCAACACUAAUGUACUUUGAAGACGGAGCACCCAAAUAUACCUAUGAGGGGGAAAAUAACAAGGCUGGCAUUGUAGCUUUCAUGAAGAACCCUGGCAAAGCCCCAGAGAAGCCCAAGGAAGAAGUGUGGUCAGACACCCCAAGUGAUGUCAUUCACCUUACAGAUGCCACCUUCCAUGAAUUUGUAAAGGGAGAGGCGUCAGUGUUAGUGAUGUUCUAUGCUCCCUGGUGUGGCCAUUGCAAGCGUAUGAAGCCAGAGUACACAUCAGCCGCCACACUACUCAAGGAGAGAGGAAUUAUGGGUAAGCUAGCAGCAGUGGAUACCACCAAGGAGACAAAACUGGGAACUGAAUUUAGCAUCAAGGGCUAUCCAACCAUCAAAUAUUUCAGGAAUGGGGAAUUUGCCUUUGAUGUGUCCUCAGCACGGGAGAAAGACAAAAUUCUGGAGUUCAUGGCAGAUCCCAAGGAGCCCCCUCCACCACCACCACCAGAGAAGCCAUGGUCAGAGGUUGAGUCAUCUGUGGUUCAUCUGACUGAUGAAAACUAUAAGUCCUUCCUCAAGAAGAAAAAACAUGUCCUGGUCAUGUUUUAUGCCCCAUGGUGUGGUCACUGUAAGAAGGCCAAGCCUGAAUUUAUGAAUGCAGCAGACAGGUUCUCAGAUGAUCCCAAGGUUGAGUUUGCAGCAGUAGACUGCACCACUUUCCAGACCCUGUGCAGCACCAAUGAUGUCAGUGGUUACCCAACCUUCAAAUACUUUAACUACUAUAAAAACACAAAGCCCUACAACGGAGGUCGAACGGAGAUAGACUUCGUUAAGUUUAUGGAAGAUCCAGAGAAUCCCUUAAGUGGGUCUCCUCCUCCACCACCCUCACCACAGGAGGAGUGGGCAUCAGUGCAGGGUGGUGAACUCAUCCACCACCUGACAGAAGCCACCUUCGACACAUUCAUCAGUAACAAGGAAACACUAGUUAUGUUCUAUGCACCCUGGUGUGGUCAUUGUAAAGCCAUGAAGGACGACUUUGGCCAGGCAGCUGUAGAGCUUGCAGCUGAGGGUAAAAUGGGGGUGCUGGCCACAGUUGAUGCCACUGUGGAACGCAGUCUGGCCACUCGCUUCCAGAUACAUGGUUUCCCCACUCUCAAAUUCUUUAGACAUGGCCAUCUGGUCACUGAGUACAACCGUAGCCGCAAGUCUGCUGAUAUUGUGGGAUUUAUGAGAAAUCCACCCUUAAAUGGAAAAGAUGAGCUAUAGGUGGGAGCUCAUGGUUAUGGUGUUAUGAAUGCUGAGGCAGUUGUUGUUUAGCUUUUGUAGUUGAGUUGCUAGUGCUGGGAGAGUGGAUGGUGGUGGUUGGAGAGAGCUGCCUCUGGGCUCAGUCAUCUUUGCCACUCUCAGGCUGUAAUUUUUAUUAAGGACCUUAAGAUAUGAACUUCAUUGAUUAAAUGUGUGUGACUAGAUUUAUUGAAGUAUUGAAUUAUCAGUAUUGUACUCAGUGAGUCUGACUCAACCAGAUAGAAAAUUGGUUGUAUAAAUUUGAUAAUCUAACAUUUUCUCAUGUUGUCAAGAGCCCCAAUGUGGCAAUGUUGAAUUGUAGUCCGUGUUGAAGCCAGCGGUCAUUGUUCCAGAACAAGUUUAGUACAAAAUAAGAAUUAUUAAUAAGACAGAUACCAUGUGAUGAUGUAUUAAUGCAGUUUACUGCAUAUAUAAAUGGUAUAAUGCUAUUUCUAUGUUGCAGGUUCAACAAACAUUCCAUUUUGUACAUUUUAGGAGAUAUAGAACAAUAUGCACAACAUCAAGUGUAGAGCAACAUGUUUCUGUUUUUUUGGAGAUCUUAUUGGCAUUAAUUCGUCAUUGUAAGAGGAGCGCUAGCCCUUGAAGGAGUUAGUUGUUGGUGAGGGUUUUGGCACAUUUUUUUUAAAUUGAUGCAGAAGUAGGAGAUUAUACAUCUUAUUCCUCCAUGCAUGACCAUCUGGUAUUUUGGCCGUGAUUUAAAGGUGGUGCAAUAUACAUAUAUAUAUAUAUAUAUAUAUAUAUAUAUAUAUAUAUAUAUAUAUAUAUAUAUAUAUAUAUAUAUAUAUAUAUAUAUUUUAUUCUUUUAUUUUAUUUAUUUAUUUCUUUUUUACAAGUGCUUGUAUGAAAUGUACAGGAUCUUAAUGAGAAUUGUCAUCUCUCUCAAGUGUAUAGUGUUUACAAAUUCAGCACAAAAGACGUUGUAAUCUUUGUAUCGUGUCAUCUAUUUCAUCAGUGACACAAUACAGCUUUAACAGUGCUGCCAAGUUUGUGUGUCAUUACUAUUAAGGUUGCAAUCAUUAAUAUUCAGUGCUCAUUUAUAUUAAUUAACUUAUUUGUUUAAUUCUUAACUGGAUUGAAAGUGCUGUAUGAUAUUAAAUGUUUAGCUCUCACGAGGCUGAGCUGAGGUACGGAGAGUGCUUAAGGCAUUAAUAUAGAUAUAAUGAUAGACGCCAUUAACUUUAGUAUUUAUUAAGUAGAAACGUGAUAUGUAUAAAGUAGAACAUCUGCAGCACAAAUCUUUUGACAUGAACUUUACAAUAAUAGCUUCCAUUAAGACUA